GGGACCGCGCGGGUUCUCUGAUGGGUGGGAGUCUGGCCGCCCAGAGAAGAUGAGCGGAGCCAGGAGACACGUCCCCGGCACCACUUAAAAAGUGUAGCUUCAACUUUUGCCGCUUGAUAAGAUGCUUGACAGUGAAAACUUUGUAGAUGGGUGUAGGGAGCUCAUUGUGCUCUGUGGAUUGGGUUUGGAGUGGGUUUUGGGACAGCUCCACUAUCACUGCCAUGGCAAGGAGCAGCCAAAAGCUUCUAAAUGUUAAAAAAUUAAAAAGCACAAAUGCUUCUUCUCCUUUUCCUCCUUUACCACCUUGGAAUACUCUUGAUGUCCAAGGGGCAAAUGCCUGGCACAGUAGACAUCUACAGCCCAGUGGAGAGUGACACUUGUGGGGUUGUGUCUGCAUGGCUGGAUCUGCACGUGGAAAAGCUGUAAGGGAGCACUUAAAGGGAUUGGUGACUGUGUUAGGGCCAAGGUUGUCCAGCGUCACCGACUGUUGGAUGGGGAUGUAAAUUCCGGGAGUUGCGUCAACAGCCCGGCAUCAUGAGCCAUCCACAGCUCUCUGGAGCUGCCAGUGCCUGGAGUUUGAUGGUGGCUCGAUGUCUGGAAAAUCGGCAGGGCUGUGCCAGAGGGAUGUGCUUAGGUUUCCAUUAAUCCCCCAUAUCGUGUUGUAGCGAUUGGAUGUUGGAGUGGGCUUAGGUUUCAGCCUGCAUCAGCAUCCGAAAUGCUGAGUGCUCCCAAAGGGCUGAGUCAGCUCUUUGAAGAAAGAAUCUGUGUGACCCAAUGGGACACUAGAUCCCACUUGUGGGGUGGCAGGAUAGGGAUGAGCAGUGAGACUGACACCUGCGCUGGGGAGAGGCUGUUGGAGUGAUGGGGUGGUUGAUGGCACAUGUGUCGUACCAGCCAGAGAUGGGCUGGGGGGCAACAAACAGUGACAAAGACACCAAAAUCUUUGUGGCAGUGUGUCUUAUAUGGCAAAAGUAGCAAAUGAAAUAGGCUAAUAGCACCAGUAUUUGGUGUUCUGCUUUUGCCACUGUUGGGCACAAGAUCUGAUGGUCCUGCAGGUGCUGAGGAGCUGAUUGCUGGGCUUGGGGUUACUCCAUAGACCACAAUUUCAGAGCCAGGCCCCUCCCUCCAGCUCCCCCAGAGCCUGUGGGACUUCUCCAAGGUGGACAGGGACAUGUUCUUAAAGGGAGAGCCCUGGAGUUUUCUCUCCCUCAUGCCCAAUGUGCUUUGAUACAAGUGGACCAGGAGGACUUUUUUUUUAUAAAGUCUCCACAAAUCUUUGUUGCUCAGAUAAAUUCAGGCUCCCUGAUGUGCCUCCAGGCAGGGGAGCCUGGUGAUGGUUUAGUCAUGAGACAAAAUCACCAUGAGUCGUGUGCAGGGUUAAAGUGAAAACCCAGCCUCUUAAACUUCAUCUUGGUAAUUAGCACGGGGUGAAGAACAAAGAAAGAGGAUAUCGUAAAGGGGGAAUUGUCAGGGGUGUUAAAUAUUAAGUUGUCUGCUGCCAGAAUUGGUUCCCAGUGGCUGCUUUGUAUUCAUGGUUGAACAAUGGAUGAGGUGACUAAAUGGGUUUGGAGCAUCACUUGACACUGAAAACUUUAAAGGACAAAACUGGGCUGCAAAGUCACGAUUCCUGUAAUAAAGGUGAAAGUAUUUAAGGUUGGGCAGAGCUACUGCCACAGCUUCAACUCCUCUUGCAGACAGAGCGAGGUGCUGGCAGCCUGUCUGCACUUUGCAGAUGAGCUCUUUAUUCACAUGGCCACCUUGGAUUUGGGGUUUAUCCUCCGAGUGCCCAGUGCUGUUUAAUCCUAUCUUACAAACCAGCCAGCAGCAGUGGGACAGCUUGUUUCUUUUCAUGCAAGGUAGCCUCAUUACUCUCCUCUGGAUCAUGACUCUGCUUAAAAUCACAAGAUUUGGGAGAGAAAACAAAAACCACCCCAAACCCUCUAUUGGAUUUUGGUGGGCUUUUUUUCCGUUUGCUUUCUGAUUGUGGCGCUCCUGUGAGUGCGGGGAGGGGAUGCGCCUUUGCCGGCCUUUCCCGCUCACCUGGCAGGGAGGUGAGAUGCCAGCCGGGAUCCCGGCUCUCCGGGAACCGAAGCUGGUGGAAGCAGCGCCCGUGUGCGGCCGCCCCUCCUGGCCGGGCUCCGCUCGCCUUGGCACACCCCGGCCGGAGGGUUGGCUGGUCACGCAUCCGUCACGGUGCUGAGAAAACACGGCGGUGACGUUCUGGUCCCCUCCUCCUGCCCGCGGACACCCGCUGCUCCCGGAGCGGCCAGCUCGGAGCAUCGGAACGCCCCACGUCAUGGAGAGGAUGGAGCUGCCGGGGACGUGGAGAUGUAGCGGUGUUCCUUUCUUAUGUGCUUAAAAAGACAUCUGUGGUGGAGCCAGGCGGCAGGCAGGGAUCCCCAGGAAGCCAUGGCCAGAGAUGGCUGUUCUUGGACGCAGUGGAAGUGGGAGCUCUCCUAACAAUCUGGGGUCUUCUCCUGACAACCCCAGGCGUGCUUCCUUUCCACACCACUGGAGAAAGCUCUAGGAAAAGUGCAGCACCAUGUACACCUUCCUGCCAGAGAGCUUCACACCGGUGAAGCAGAAGCCUUCCAAGGAGCUGAGGCCCAUGUUGGGUGCCAUCCUGCUGGGCCUCAUCCUGUUCAUUGCUGCCGUGGUGGCCUGGUGCUACUACACGGUGUCCCUGAGGAAGGCGGAGCGGCUCAAGACGGAGCUGAUGGACCUGCGGGCGGACGGCUUCGUCAUCCGCAACCAGCACGGGGAGGUGGUGUUCCGGCUGGCCUUCCGCUCGGGCAGCCUGGACCUGGAGUCGUGCUCCAAGGAGGGCGAGAUCCUGAGCUGCUCGCGCUCCAGCCGGGGCCCGCUCAACUUCUUCAUCCAGACGGUGAAGCCCAAGGACACGGUGAUGUGCUACCGCGUGCGCUGGGAGGAGCUGGCGGCCGGCCCGGCCGUGGAGCACACCAUGUUCUGGGAGGACGCCCACUGGUACGGGGGCUCCGAGAUGAGCAUCCAGCACUGGCCCAUCCGCCUGGCCGGCUACCAGGAGCCCGUGCCCUACGUGACCAGCGACGUCUACUCCUUCCGCGACAGCUUUGGCGGCAUCCUCGAGCGCUACUGGCUCUCCUCCAAGGCGGCGGCCAUCAAGAUCAACGACUCCGUGCCCUUCCACCUGGGCUUCAACGCCACCGAGCGCGCCCUCUUCUUCCAGGCCCGCUACAAGGACUCGCCCUACAAGCCCCCACCGGGCCAGCAGCCCUUCCCCGAGCUCAGCUACCGCGUCUGCGUGGGCUCCGACAUCACCUCCAUCCACAAGUACAUGGUGCGCAGGUACUUCAACAAGCCCUCCAAGAUCCCUGCUGAGAACGCCUUCCGGUACCCCAUAUGGUCCACAUGGGCCCUCUACAAAAAUGAUAUUGACCAGGAUAAACUCUUGCGGUUUGCUGAAAAGAUCAAGAAGUACCAUUUUAACUGCAGCCACAUUGAGAUUGAUGACAUGUACACCCAAGCCUAUGGAGACUUUGACUUUGACCCUGUCAAGUUCCCCAACGUAACAGAGAUGUUUGCAAAGCUGAGGGAAGAUGGGUUUAAGGUCACUCUGUGGACUCACCCUUUCAUAAACUACAAUUCCUCCAAUUUUGGUGUGGGGAUUGAGCGUCAGCUGUUCAUCAAGGAGCCCUCGGGGCGGCUGCCGGCCAUGGUGGAGUGGUGGAACGGCAUCGGGGCCAUCCUGGACUUCACCAACCCAGCAGCCCGUGACUGGUUCCAGAGCCACCUGCGCCAGCUCCGGCACAAGUACGGCAUCUCGUCCUUCAAGUUUGACGCGGGCGAGACCAGCUACCUGCCCAAGCAGUUCAGCACCUUCCGCCCACUGUCGGACCCCAGCAUCUGGUCGCGGCGCUACACGGAGAUGGCCAUCCCCUUCUACGAGCUGGCCGAGGUGCGGGUGGGCUACCAGUCCCAGAACAUCUCCUGCUUCUUCCGCAUCAUUGACCGCGACUCUGUCUGGGGCUACGAGCUCGGCCUCAAGUCCCUCAUCCCCACCGUCCUCACCAUCAGCAUGCUGGGGUACCCCUUCAUAUCUGCUGACAUGAUAGGUGGCAAUUUCUUCCCCAAUAAAACCAAUGGGGCGGUGGAGAUCCCCAACCGGGAGCUGUACGUGCGCUGGCUGGAGCUGUCGGCCUUCAUGCCCUCCAUGCAGUUCUCCAUCCCUCCCUGGCUCUACGACAAGGAGGUGGUGGAGAUUGCCCAGAAGUUCACACAGCUCCACGAGUCUCUUGUGGCCCCGCUGCUGCUGGAGCUGGCUGGGGAGGUCACCGACACGGGCGACCCCAUCAUCCGUCCCAUCUGGUGGAUCUCGCCCCGCGACGAGGCCACUCACCGCAUUGACUCCCAGUUCCUCAUUGGGGACACCCUCAUGGUGGCUCCUGUGCUGGAGAUGGGCAAGCAGGAGCGCGAUGUCUACCUGCCAGCGGGCAAGUGGCGCAGCUACAAGGGGGAGCUGUUUGAGAAGACCCCGAUGCUGCUCACCGACUAUCCCGUUGAUCUGGACGAAGUUGCCUAUUUCCUCUGGGUUUCCUAACAGGCUUCUAAUCAGCUUUGGAAUAACCAUGCCUUACCUAGGACUUUCUAACAAAUAAUAACUCUAAUUGCACAUUUCAUUUGAGACUGGGGUGGAGGAAGGGAACUAAAUAGACUUCAUGUUCUUGGGGAUAAUUGGAUAAUUUUUUUUUUUUAAUUUGGGGAUCUAUCUUAAUUUUUUUAAUUUUGGUCUGGUGGUAGGCUCUGAUUGGAAUACAGUAGGCAGCAAUUUAUCUGCAUAGGUCAGAAAGGAGUUGUCAGUCUGUCUGCAGACAUGUGGUAAACCCAUUACCUUUUUAGUUCUCAAGGAUUUCAAGAGUUGAAAGUUGCUUAGUGCCAGUGGGGAGCAUUCCUAGUCUUGUGGGAGCACCUGGCACUGCGUAUGGGGGUGUGUGCUGUGGGAGGAUUGCUACAGCACAGCCUGCCAUAAGUUUUUUAAUAUGGCAAAUAUAUUCAAAUGGAUAUUUUUAAGAGCAUAAAGCAAAAUAGAGUUACAUAUAUAUAUAUUUAUAAAUAUAUAUAUACACACCUAUUUUUUCCCCCUUCUUGCCUGGCAUGGCGCUGGACUAACAGUUGCCCCAUGCUCCUGCUUUCCUGGGUACCAGGCAGGCCAGGUCACUCAAGUGAUGUCCAUGUGUUUUAACUAAAUGGGUUGCUUAUUUCCUGCUGGGACAGCUGCAUCCCACCUGCUCACCCAUUUGACUUCCUCUGCAAGGCUCUUGUCUGUGUGUUUUGCCCGGGGCAUCAACAUUGCCUUUCCUAGAGCAGCACCGCCUGUACCAGCAUGUCCCAUUUUUUAAAGCACUUAUGACCCCGCUUGGUUACAUGAUUGUCCUGCUGAUUCCAUCCUUUUUGGUUUUUAAGGACAGAUGAGGUUUGUUGCUGGCAGAAGGGCUGCCUGGAGCAAAGCUAUCCUCAGACACUGCGUGCGGUGCGUCCCUGGGAACAGCCGGUUCCUGCGAGCAGCACGUGUCGUGGAUUGACAGUGCCGUUUGCCGGUAGCCUGUGGGUGGAAAGCACCAGCUCUGCUAACUGAUGGGUCUGUGCCAGCGGCUGUUCUCACUGCACCCACGGAAAUGUUCUCAUCUAACACGAAGUUAAGCUAAUACCCAUCUCAGGUCGCCGUUAGAGGUGAUGAUUUUGUUGAGGCUUUUCCUGAGUCAGCCUUCCUCUCUCCCUGGGAGAGUCCCGGGGAGCUUUCUCAGGCAGUGUUGGUGUUGCUGGAGGUGGGAUUGCUGUCAGAGGCUCCUGGAGCGUAUGUGGGGUGAUGUCAUCCUGCACCCCAAGUCCCCAGCAGCUGCCUCUUUGGCAGAUUUCCCAUUUGGUUUUGUAGGGGAAAAUGCAUUUACAGAGACCCGAGGCAGGGCAAACAGGAUUGAAGUCUUCCUGAAGGCAAUCAUUCCUAGCUCUGUCCCAUCUGGGAACGUGUGUCAACCCCUGAAUUUUUAAUGAGCUUCUGCAGAAUUGAGUUGUGAUGGCUGGGAAGGGUUGGGCACCUUGCCCAGGCUACAGCCAGCCAGGGACAGCUCAGCAUCUGUGGGGCUUCUCCUGGAAUUGUGUCUGGGCUGGGCAUGGGUCUGGCUCAAGACAGCCACGCAGGAAAUUGGUGCAUGUUUUGGGUAGGGUUGGGUACCAUGAGGAUCUUCCUCAAAGCCCAUCUCCAGCCACAGAACUUUUCAGGAGGCAGAAAAGGAGAUGCACUAAGCUUGAGGGUUGUGAUGGGGUGCAGGAGGAGAAAUUUCAGUGUUAGGGGCAAAAUCUGAAGUGCUUUUGUAGUUAGGAAGCGAGGAAGUUUGGUUUCGUGGACUCCCUUAAGACCUGAAUCUGCUCUGUAUAAUUUAAUCCCAAAAGUGAAAUGUAGGGGAGCCUUACAGGUCCCUGGCCAGCUGGAGCACCAGCAUUUCCUGAGGCCUGUUUGUGUCUCAGGCUUUUAAUUCUGAAGGACUCAAGUUUCUUCUCUGCCACUGGUGCAGAUAAUGGUGAUGUUACAAGUUACAGACAUCCUCUGACAAGGAAUUAAUCCUGGAACCUCAGUGUCAUGCAUCAGGGCGCUGGCAGGACUUGGCCGUUGCUUGCAGGGUGAUGUUGAAGGUGAGGAGAUGAGUCUGGCCAAAGCCUUUAGGAAGGGCCAAGUGGAGGGAGCUUCUGCAGCCCUAGAAGUGCAUGAAGACCAUGUUUUGAGGGGCUCCAGCUCUUCCCUUUCAACCUUUUCUCAUUAAAUACUUAUCAUCCCUUGGCAUGGGAGUCACUAUGAUGCCUUAAGAGGCUACCUAGAACAGAGGCUAGACAGUAUUAAAGGAAUAGUUAUUUAUUAAAUGGCCUUCAAAGGAUACACUUUGGGCAGUACAAGGGCCUGGCCAUGGCUCCACCCAAGAUGGACAACAGGUCACAAGUUUUCACACUUUUAUAAGUUUUGGUCCAUUUCCAUAUUGGGGUUAACUGUCCAAUUACAGCUUCAGGUUAUGCAGUUCCAUCCUCCCAGAUUGCUCUCCUCAAUUCACUGUUCAUACUUUUUUGGGCCUGAAACUGCAACAAUGUCCUUGGUUCUCAGGCUGGAAAAGGAUUGUUUUGUCUGACUAAACUGUGAGGAGAACUUGCUAACACUUUAUAUGAAGUUCAGAGUUAUAUAUUAAUGCAGUACAGAAUCUGACAUGAAAGCUAAAACUUAUGGCAUCAAUUAAGUGGAGGAGAUGUUGUUGCACAGCUCAGCUGCCAGUGCAGAAUUGGGAUUUUUGGAACAGGACUUCAUGGGAAGAAUCCUGGUAUGACCAUGAGAUACUGUCUUCUCUUCCCCUGGUUCUGUGCCACUCACCAUAUGCAUCACUCAUGAGGAAUGAGGCUGUGUGAAGAGAAACACAGUGUAGCUGUUAGUAUCCUUCUACUAUUAAAAUGAUGGGUGCAGCCAGAUGAGUGCCUUCAAUCUCCUUGCAGUGGUUUCAGGCACUGUCAGGAAGGUCAUGGAGGAAAUUCUCCAUUAGACACACUGCUUCUUUCCCCUCCCCUGAAACAGAAAGGAUUUUAUUAACAAAGUUAGCAUUUUCUUUUAUUUAACUAUAUCAAUGAAUGGGUAAGAUCAUGGAAUAUCCUUAUUUUUCUAAAUGCUGUAAUUAGGGCACAAGUGGACAUGGCUGUUCAGUGGUCCAGCAAGGAGAAAGGUAAAGCUGCUGAGAGGACUAUGAGCUGAUGUGGGGGAUAGGCUCAGCAGUGCUGCCUUAAGCUGUCUCACAGGCUUCUAGAUGGCCUUUCCAUCCAACUUUUUACCAAAACCACUAUUUCUAACACUAUGCUGUAGCACUGCAGGACUUGAGGAUCUCUCAGACCUUGCAGUCCAGAAGCUCUGCACAGAUACCUUGGGAACUGCUGCUAGGGAUAUUUCUCUGAUUUACACCACAGGUCACUGGCCAAAGCUGGGUUUAUCUUGUCUCAGCCAAGAAAAAUCCCCAGAGAAGGUUUGGGAGUUGGAUUCAGCCUUUUCACACAUGAUGCUUAUGUGAUAGAAUUUUGAAGCUUGCACUGUUGUGAAUCAGGUUUUCUGGAUGCUUGUGUUUGUACAUGCUGUCCUCUGUCAGACUGUAAUGAUGGUGGGUCUGUUUUUAACCACUUUUCUAACUGCUAAUUGGUAUGAACUGUAACAUGAAUCACCUUGAUUGAGAUAAAAUUUUGGAAAACAAAAAGAA